AUGUCUGCCUCGCGGGACCACCUCGGCGGCGACCCGCCGGAGUCGACGCAGCUACGCCUGGGCGACGACAUCGCGUGGUCGGAGAUCAACGGCGUGUACGACCGCGACGACUCCCUCAAGGAGAACACCAACCCCAAAUCCGUCGUCAAGAGCCACGCCGGCGCCCACAACGGCGCCGGGUCGGGGUCCUCGCAGAGGUUCUCGGGCAACCUGAAGCCGACGGCGGCGCCUAUCAUCGGGCUGUCCGGGAAGCUGGGCGGGAGCGUGCGGCGGCACCAGCACCCGCCGGCCAUGUUCCCCAAGAAGGCCAAGACCGGCGGCGGCGGGCGCGCGCCCAAGGCGGCCGUCCCGGAGCCCGGGUCCCCCAAGGUGUCCUGCAUCGGGAAGGUGCUCUCGGACCGCGAGCGCGCGCGCCUCGGCCGCCCGCCGCGCGCGGGGUCCAGGGCCCCCGGGUGCUGCGGCGGGCUCGGCUUCCUCAUGCGGCGCAGCCGGUCCAGGCACAGCGUCGUCGAGUGCGUCGACCAGUCCCCGCCGCCGCCGCCGUUCCCGCCCCUGGCGGACGCGCCGAGGCGUAGGGAGGCGGAGGAUAAGGAGGUGAGUCAGGUGACGGUUGCGGACGCCGAACCGGCGCUGGCGCCGGGGCUGGGAGGCGUGCGGCGGUUCGCGUCGGGCCGGCGGGCGGCGGAGUGCGCGGCCCAGAUGGACGACGACGGACGCGUGGCGAGAUCUGGGCCGUUGUAG